UACCUGCUGGCACUGUCGUUAUCCGCAACACAUGUUGCCCGUGUAAGUGCAUUCAGAUUUACUCGGCUUUUUGCGCCACGUUUUAAUAUGCUGGCCCCUUUCGUGGAGGACGGUGUGCAGUGUGUGAGGGACAUUCAUCUCGGAAUUUAUUGCGUGCACUCGCAUGGCACUCCCUGUGAAGCGAUUUGAAAAGUGUGGUUUAUAGCUGGAAUAGUCAGGGCAACAGUCAAGAUAACUAUCACUACCAACAUUCGAUGACAAAAAACUAGCUGGCCACGAGUAACCUUCUCACACACAGACUUGCUCCAAGCGACUCGAUACGACUUUCCGGAACCGGAAAUGCAUAAGCAACGACACAUGUUGUAGCUGUGGUGAAAUAACACUGUCACGUGUUUUGAUAUAGAGCCCAUGUACCAUUGACGGUGAUAGGUAGUGUACCAAGAGACCUUCUGCAGAUGUACGCGAACCUGUGUGUGCAAAACACCGUAGACUGCAGUCUCGGGGUAUGAUACGGUCGUGCAGAAGAAGGCAUCGUGAAAACCCUUGAUAAAACCUGACGCACAACAAAGCACCGGAAGUCUUUGUUAGGGAGGUAAUAUAGUUAUUCGCUGUUCAAAGAACCAAAGGACCAAAACAACAUUUCGUUGGAGGAAGGCAGUAAAAGUACACCCCAUGUGAACUCUCCGUUAUCAUUUUUGGCGUUGAUAAACUUUAAAGAAUUAAUUCAAGAGAGAAUUGGUCGAUGGAUAUGUUUUUUUCCUUUCACCGACGUCUGUGAUCGUGAAGAAAACCAUCUCUCCACGAUGAAGUACAUUAAACGUUCCAAACUCCAGUUCGGUGUGGGCCUGACAUUAGGUUUUGUUAUAUCAAUAAUAUUCUUUCAAUCUGGGAUUGUCUACAAACCACAUGUGCGAAUACCUCUUGAGUUGGACACUGGUCACGUGAUCGGGAUGUCCGGCUUGGACCUUGUGAAACAAGGACCCCACGGGGGACAGAUGGACGACUCCCACGUCCACCAUGACGACACUUCGAUAGCCGAUAACAUGGCCAAAAAAGUCCGCGUGCUCUGUUGGGUGAUGACGUCACCGACCAACUUCCGGACCAAAGCGGAUGUUGUCAAGGAAACGUGGGGACACCGCUGCAACAUCCUUUUAUUCUUCAGCUCCGUGGUCGACCCCCACCUCCCGACGAUCGCGCUCAACGUGUCUGAAGGCCGGAAACAUCUGACAGCCAAGACGAUGCAAGGUUUCAAAUACGUCUACGACCACUACUACGACCAAGCCGACUGGUUUAUGAAAUGCGACGAUGACACGUACGUCAUUGUGGAAAAUCUGCGAUAUUUUCUGUCCACGAGGAACACGUCUGAACCGAUAUACUAUGGCCACCAUUUCCACACCAUAGUCAAGCAAGGAUACUACAGCGGAGGUGCUGGCUACGUAUUGAGCAAAGAGGCCCUGACAAGGUUUGCUAAACGGGACCCAAACAUAUGCCGGGAGGACGGAGGGUCGGAAGACGCCGAGAUAGGGAAAUGCAUGGAAAAAAUAGGAAUCAGGACCGGUAACUCCGCCGACGCUCUUGGAAGAUCCCGUUUCCACUGUUUCUCGCCAGAUACGCACGUGAACGGCGGGUUCCCCAAGUGGUACUACAACUACGUGAAGGGUGGGCCUAAGCAGGGUAUAGAAAAUAUCAGCGACUACGCAAUUUCAUUCCAUUACGUCUCUCCGAAGAAAAUGGCGAGCCUGGAGUUCUUCGUCUACCAUCUCCGACCGUAUGGGAUCAUAACACAAAAUCAGGCCUUGAACUAGAGCCCCACAUUCCCGGCUUCCUGCCAAGUGUUGGCAGCCACAAAGAACCGCUUGGAGUUAUCGCCCUUGUUGCCAUGAUGCUAGGGCCUGUUGAAAGGUUGGGGUGUUGAAUACCACAGGAGAGCAUCAUGAAGGAACGGGUGUCUCGUUACUACGCAAUUUGACAGCCCACUCAUUCAGAAAGACUCCCCCGCUUUUCCGAAUCUGACGUCUUGAGAUAUCGAGGUCAAGGACAUUGUAUCUGUUAUUUAUUAAUGAUUACUUAAAUGAGUGUCGUGUGACGCUUCGUCGUGUUUGUGGCGGUAUUCGAUUGUGUGAAGAGUGUUAUGCUUGGAGAGGUAUGCUAUGGUUUCCUGUGUCAAGGGGAGACAACCUUCAGUGCAUUUAGCACAAACUCAUUAGUGUCGUCAGGUGGCGCUCGUGCCUCGCUACCUGACGUAUCAAUCAAUGACAAAGGCGUCAAAAUGAGGAACUUUGCAUGUAACCGUGCAUAUUGACAUUGAACAUAAAGUGGUUGAUACAGCUCGCGUUAUCAACGACUUCCUGGUGCUGUGGUACUCUCAUGUGUAUUGAAAUGUGUGCUCGUUGAAGUAACACCUGGUUACACGACAACAUGAAUGGAAAUGGAUGUUGAUACCAUGGCAACCAGGGAUUUGUAAACCCUUCAUGAGUACGAUGUAUUCCCCGGAAAUCAAAGUUGUUUCAAAGACAUAAAUUUACUGUUAUUUAAGUCUGUGGGUUGAUAAAGGUGUAAAUACA